AUGGCGAGGGACAAAAGCCGCGCUUGUAUCUUUGGAUGGAAGAAAAUCAUUGCUUUGUAUGCUCUGGGAAUCCUCUUUGCUUUUGCUGGCAUCGUUAUGUACCCGCUAAUGGACAAAUAUAUUCAAAAGAAGGUCAAUGAAAGUUUGGUUCUCAAACCUGACUCCGUUGGGUUCAAACAAUGGAAGGACCCCUCCGUACCUAUCUACCUGCAGUUUUUUAUGUUCGAUGUAGUGAAUCCUAUGGAAGUCAAGAAAGGUGCUAAACCAUUUUUAGCUCAAAUAGGGCCUUUUUCUUAUAAAGAACUCAGGCCGAAGAAAAACAUUACUUGGGAUUCUAACAAGGCUUCAGUUAGGUACAACGAGGAGAUGGCAUUUGUGUUCGACCCUGAAACUUCUUGUGAAUCCUGCGAUCCUAACACUGCAGAGAUAACAACGGUGAAUAUACCUUUGGUCACGUUGGCCGAAGCAGCCAGGAAUUUGCCAUUUACUGUGCUAGUUUUAAUUUCUACAGUCUUUGACAAUUUUAAGGAAAAGCUAUUUAUGAAGAGACGGGUACAUGAUUUACUAUGGGGCUAUAAUGACUCAUUGUUUUUGGAAUACAACAAAAUACGAAAUGAGAUACCCACGGAGUUUCGCCAUUUUUUGCCUGAAAUAAGCCCUCUUAUUGCCCUUCAGAAGAAUAACACUUUUGAGGGUGUCACUGGAGUACACACUGGAGAAAAAGAUAUCACCAAGCUUGUGCAAUGGAUGGAUUGGAAAGGACUGACAAACCUCAAAGUUUGGAAUUCAACUUAUGCAAAUAUGAUCAAUGGUACUGAUGGUUCUCAAUUUGCACCAGAAACAAGUAAAGAUGACAAACUUUAUGUCUUUGUUACGCAGCUGUGCCGUUCACUGUACUUAACUUACAGUGGUAAGAACAAAGUUCGAGGAAUAGAUGCUAUUCAGUUCAGCGUUCCACCUAAGGUAUUUCUGAAUGCUUCCCUUAAUCCUGAUAACCAAGGAUUUUGCACUACAAAGUGCUUUCCCUCUGGAAUAUUAGACAUAAGUGUAUGCCAGCCACCGUCUCCGAUAAAGAUACCUCUCUUUAUCUCAUCUCCACAUUUCUACUUGGGUGACCCUUCCCUCGUCCAAGCAGUGGAAGGUCUUUCUCCUAACAAAGAAGAGCAUGGGACGUUUCUUAAUAUAGAGCCACAUACUGGGAUAUCAGUGAAAAGCAGCAAGCGAUUGCAGAUCAACACAAAGGUAGAAGCAGUUAAAGGGAUUUCGCAGACCAGUGGAAUUAACACAAUGUUUUUUCCUAUUAUGUUCAUUAAUGAAACAGCAACACUCGACAGUGCCUCAGCAAAGAAGCUUAAAAGUGAAGUAUUAGAGAAAUUCACCAUUGUUCAUGGAAUUGAACUUGGACUUGUUAUUCUUGGAGCUCUGCUCAUUGUGGUUGCCUCCAUCAUGUUAACUGCUCGCAUUGUGCGAAACAGAAAUAGUAAGAAGGUGAGGCGCAUGUUGCAAGUUAAUGCUGAGCCAAGCGAAACAAGUCCCCUUUUGUCAGGGAGUGAGUGACAAGUGAUGACUUGAGUCUUUCAAGGCAUUUUCAAGAAGCUAAACUUUUUUGUUCAACUUCUAAAGAUGUAGAAUUUGUCUGCAGGUCCUUUGGUAGACCUGCCACAGACAAAUUAUUAAGGCCUUCCAGUAGGUAUUUUUCUCUUGAAGGUGAAGGGCUGGUGGUUUGUGAAAAUUUUUAGGGGGGGGGGGUUAUCUUGAAAAAGAAGUAAUAAUAUGUAGCCCUCUUAGUGGUUUUUAAACCUAUCCCAUGAAUGGGAUAGGUUUUCAAAACUAUAAUCUCAAAACACUUUGAGCUAAUGAUCAGCCUCACACGCCUAUUGAUUUGAGUGGUUGUUUUGAAGGUUAACUUUCUUUACUUUAAGUAUCCAAAUGACUAUAUUUAAUUUGAGGGCAGUUGCAAUGGUGUCCAAGAUUUAAGCUUAAAAAUGUAGAAAACCGCUUUAUUACUGUAUACCAUAAACUGCCUCAUAUAAGCACCCCCACUUAUUAGCGCCCCUGGUUACAGGGCCAUCUACGUUUAAAAAAAUACGUCUGAUAAUAAACCCUUCAAUGCAUUGAAAUUAAUUUUUGAUUUAUCAUGACUUCUUGGCACUUAAAAAAAGUAAAAAAUAGCUUGUUUCAUUGUAAAAAUCCGGGAGCUUUCUCAUUUCCGAAUAUAAGCCCCCCCUCAGAUAUAACCUGUCCCAUUAUAAGUCCUUCUGGAUAACUUCUAAAACCCUUUAUGAAAAUGUAUAAGUCCAGGGCUUACAUAUUAAGUGGCAGUUUUUGGCAGUUAAUGUAUUCAGGUUGUGUAAAAAUAAUUUAUCACAUGACACGUAAAAUAAAACCUCUCAAAAAGUCUCUUGAGCAGUGGAACAAUAAAAUAUUGUAAAAACUAGGACAGCAGAGGUGAAAUAAGUAAAGAAUGUAACCCAAUAUUUUUGGCUGCAUGCUUGAUAAGACUUACUUUGCUGGGUAUAUAACAAAUCUCCUAAUGACUAAAAUAUUGUGACUUUUUGAAUGAAUCAUAUGCAUACUGAUUACAACACAAUAUUAUUAUUAAAGAAUUAAUAAAUUAUUGUUAAUUAUUGUUUCAUAUAAAUUUCAUUACUAGUUUAUAAUAAGUUGUUGAUUAUCAGAAAGUUACCAGAGUUGACUCAACUUAAAGACUGUAACUGAUAAUUUUCAAAUGCAAAUGAUUAAGACCAAAUUGUUAUCAUUUUGUUUUAUUUUACACACAUUUGAUAAAUAAAUAGACCAAAAUGUGUAACAAAGGAAAUGCCUGCUUGGGUAUUUAUUAUUUUGACAGCUGUCAUAUCCAUUUAAAAUGUGUUGACCUUAAAAUGGGUUCACAUCAGAAGUUGAUGAAUUAAAAUAGACAAAUAUCCAAGAUAAUAAUUCAUUUACUUUUACCAUCAGUGCACUUGCCAGUGGUGAAAUCACUUGCCUCCCUCGAAUCUGCCAAUGCAUAUGUGGCUCAAGUUCGCUGUUGGUUCUCUCCUUUGUUUUUCUCUGACUGUUUCCUCAAAAACUAACAUUUCCAACUUCCAAAUCUGAAUAAGAAUGGUAGAUGGUGUACCACUAUAUGAUGUGGAUGUGUUCCAUCUAAAUCAUCAUCAUUAUUAUUAUUAUCAUUAUAAUUUAUACUAGAAGUGAUCCUGGAUCAAGGAGACACCUGCGUUCGACAAGUCCAAGUAUGGUAA